AUGCUAAGGACAAAGGAUUGGCUCAAGCUUCACUCGACUGUUGUGCAGCUUGGGAACGACAAUCGCAUCAAUGGAGAGGCUUUUAACCAGAUUAUAAACUCAAGCUCCAAGCCCAAAUCUUUUCCUAUGCAUUUGAACAAGCAUUGCAAGUCAUUGCCUGGAAGAAAUGUGGCCGGCAAAAUUGUGAUUUGCCAUAGCACAGGACCAAUGAAUGACAUUGGGCCAUCAAUCAACAAGACCGACAUCAGUGGCAUCAUUAGUGCUGGGGCGGCUGGUGUAGUGCUAAUAAACAGGAAAGCUGCUGGUUUCACCACCCUUCUCGAGGACUAUGGCAAUGUGGUGCAGGUGACUGUGGCUGAUGGCAACAAUAUCACAGAGUAUGUGAGGACAACAAGCAAAGCCAGUGCCAAAGUCAUCUACAAAAACACUGUGCUUUGCGUCCGUCCAUCUCCCACGGUCGCGGCAUUCUCAUCCCGUGGUCCCGGCACGUUCAGCCCCGGUGUGCUAAAGCCAGAUAUAUUGGCACCUGGGCUCAACGUCAUUGCUGCAAGGCCACCACUCACCAUGCUUGGAUCUGGGCCAUUCCACAUUAAAUCAGGGACGUCCAUGUUGACUCCACAUGUCAGUGGUGUCGCUGCGCUUGUCAAGAGCUGCCAUCCUGACUGGUCUGCAGCUGCUAUCAAAUCAACCAUCCUCACCACUGCUGACAUCACGGACAGCACUGGUGGCCCGAUCCUGGACGAGCAGCAUCAGAGGGCAACCGCGUAUGCCAUGGGUGCUGGCCAUGUCAACCCUACAAAAGCAGUUGAUCCAGGCCUUGUGUAUGACCUUGGCAUUACUGAAUAUGCCGGCUACAUAUGUGCUCUCCUUGGUGAUCAGAACUUGGCAUUCAUUACGCGUGACCCGAGGUUGUCCUCCAAAAUGCUUCCCAAGAUACCUGAAGCACAACUCAACUACCCUACCAUAACGGUGCCACUCAAGACAAGGCCGUUCACAGUGCACAGAACUGUGACAAAUGUGGGCCCAUCAAAUUCCAUAUACACACUGAAGAUGGAGAUUCCCAAAUCUCUUACAGUGCGAGUCUACCCAGAGACACUGGUGUUCUCCAAGGCUGGACAAAAGAUUAGAUAUAGUCUGACGGUGAGCAGCUCUGACAGUGAGAGCUCAAACUUCAUGGAGGGAAGUUUGAGCUGGGAAUUAAUGCCAUGGUUUUGUUAG